CCAAGGUCCCACCAGACAUCCACUUGUCUUAUUGUUCCUUCCAAAUAUGGCGAGAUUUAUUUUCUCUCUCAUGCUCUCACUUUAUCAUCUUUCUUUCUUGAAAAGUUGAAUUCCAACCGCGAACUAAUUAUUCUCGCUUCUUGUUUGUUGCCGCCCUCCACGUUCCCUCUGCAAUUUCUUUUUAUUUAUUUAUUUAUUUUAUUUCACAUAAAAAAUAAAAAACACUUACCCAAAUCUUUGGCGCUUAUUUCUAAACCAUACCUGAAUUUCUUUCUUUCUUUUCCUUUUUUUUUAGCUUUCCACGAAUCUCAGAUCCGCGAGAUUUGAAAUCUAGCAUUUCAACACUCGUGCAUGCUUUAUUCUUCGAUUUACUAGAAUUCUAUGUUAUUUGGAUUCGACUUCUGUAGAUUUCCGUUGAUUCUUGGCUUUGCGUAGUUAGGUUUUUCUUUUCCAGCAUAUUGUGAAGAGUGACGGUUUAGCAUUGCUUUGGAGGCGCACAUUUAAGUUUUCUGUACGAAUUUGGAUUCAAGUUUCAGUAUAUAAAGUGAAAUUUUAGGUUCGUUUCUUUCUUUGAAUUUCCUCUUACGAAUGCUGUCAUCAUCUGAAAUUCGGGAAGGAAUUGUUUUUGAAUGGAGGAAGAAGCAGUUUGUUUAGGAAUCUCAACAGAGGAGAUUUCGGAGAAUGUAAAUAGUACAAAGCCUGAAUUGAAGCGAGACCGUGAAUGUCUUGAACCGGAGCCGGAAUCCGAACCGGAGGCAUCUCCUAAAAAGAAACAAGCGAAAGAAGUUUCCAAUGAGGAUAUUCGAUCAGAGGUUUCGAACCCAAUUGUUUCUCCUAAAGAAAACACGUCUAGUUUCCAUGACAUAAGCAGUAGAAGCGAAGCUGGUUGCGGUGAGGUUACCUCUGUUUGUUCCGGGAAUUCGAGUUCCGAUGAGACUCUCAGUGAUAGUUUUCAAAUGGGUGAUACAUCCGGUGUUGUGUCGAGUUCCCAUGUUACGUUGGAAAUUCCAAAGCAUUUGAGUUCAUCUGGGAUUAGGAAAAUUACGUUUAAGUUUAGCAAAAGGAAGGAGGAUUAUAAUAAUGAAACUUCGUAUUCAGUUGGUGGGGAAUGUACGAAUCUGGAAAAUAUUUAUGGGAAUGGUUCAGUUGAAUGGAGCAGUCGAUAUUCUUGUGCUCCCAAUUUGGAAUUGAAAAUGUCUAAGAAGGUUGUUCCUAGUAACUACCCAACAAAUGUUAAGAAGUUGUUAGGAACUGGCAUUCUUGAUGGAGCCCGAGUGAAGUAUAUUUCUAUCUCGAUGGAGACAGUACUGGAUGGAAUUAUUCAUGCGGGUGGAUAUUUGUGUGGAUGCUCAUUUUGUAAUUUCUCGAAAGUGCUGAGUGCCUAUGAGUUUGAGCAGCAUGCUGGUGCCAAGACUAGGCAUCCAAAUAAUCACAUAUACUUGGACAAUGGUAGGCCAAUAUACAAUAUUAUUCAAGAACUAAAGGCUGCUCCACUCAGUAUUCUGGGUGAAGUGAUAAAAGACGUUGCCGGUACAUCUAUAAAUGAGGAGUCCUUCCAGGAUUGGAAAGGUAGUCUUCAGCAAAGUAACAGAAAGUUUGAAGCAGAGAAGAAAUAUAACAUGAAACCUCCUAGUUUGCCUAAUUCUCUAAGGCCUAACUCAUUCAUGCAACGAAAGAGAACUGCAGAUGGUGGUAUGAAGAAAAGGGAUAAUGAUUUACACCGGUUACUUUUUAUGCCAAAAGGACUUCCAGAUGGAGCUGAAUUGGUUUACUUUAUCAAAGAACAGUGUGUUUUUCAGAAAUUACUUGAAGGCUACAAGCAGGGAAAUGGUAUAGUCUGCAGUUGUUGCGAGAGAGAGCUUAGCCCUUCACAGUUUGAAGCUCAUGCUGGAAUGGCUGCUAGAAGACAACCGUAUCGCCACAUCUAUACAUCUAAUGGAUUGACACUUCACGAUAUAGCCUUGUCAUUGGCUAAUGGGCAACGUGUUACAACUGGUUUCAGUGAUGAUAUGUGUGCAAUAUGUGGAGAUGCAGGAGAUCUGCUUCUUUGUCAUGAAUGCCCUCAGGCUUUUCACCCAGCUUGUUUGAAUUUAGAGCACUUUCCUGAAGGUGAGUGGCGUUGUGCAAGUUGUGCAGAUGAACAUGGUCCUGGUAGAAAAGCUGUUUCUGGAGAAGCUUCAAGUUUGGCAAGACCAAUAGUGAUACGAUUGACAAGAGUUGUUAAAGCACCAGAGUUUGAAAUUGGUGGUUGUGUUGUUUGCAGGGGCUACGACUUUAGUGGCUCUACAUUUGAUGAUCGAACAGUUAUUCUCUGUGACCAAUGUGAGAAGGAGUUCCAUGUUGGUUGCCUUCGGGAUAGCAGACUAUGCGAUUUGAAAGAAAUUCCCGAAGAUAAAUGGUUCUGUUGUGAUGACUGCAACAAGAUUCAUGGGGCUCUCCAGAGUUAUGUUUGCAAUGGGUUACAGAUAAUUCCUACUUCAUUCUCAGAUAUAAUCAGAAGAAAGGAUUUAGAAAAAGGAAUAUUUAUUGAUGGAGCCAUAGAUUGUGUUCAAUGGCAAAUGCUGAGUGGAAAAAGCCGUUAUCCUGAACAUUUGCCGUUGCUUUCAAGUGCAGCUGCAAUAUUUCGAGAAUGUUUUGAUCCCAUUGUUGCAAAAUCUGGUCGUGAUUUGAUUCCUGUCAUGGUCUACGGGAGAAAUAUAUCUGGACAAGAGUUUGGUGGAAUGUAUUGUGUGGUUUUGAUUGUGAGGUCUGUUGUUGUAUCAGCUGGUCUUCUUAGGAUAUUUGGUCGGGAGGUUGCCGAGCUCCCUAUAGUAGCUACAAGUAGAAAACAUCAAGGAAAAGGAUAUUUCCAGGCAUUAUUUGCUUGUAUUGAGAGGUUACUAAGUUCCCUGAAUGUGGAAAACCUGGUGCUUCCGGCAGCUGAGGAGGCUUUGUCAAUUUGGACAAAGAAAUUUGGCUUUGCAAAGAUGAGCGAGCAGCAAUUGUCCCAGUACCAAAAGGAGCUCCAAUUGACGAUUUUUAAAGGAACGUCGGUGCUGGAGAAAAAGGUGCAGCAGAUGUCAGAAUAAUGCCAAUAAUUUUCCUGUCAACUUUUCAUCAAAAUAGCCAGAGUUGGUUCACGAAUGCAAAAUUUAAUUCAAUUGGUUCAUCUAACUAUUUUUAAAAAGUUGCAUUCAUCAAGUUUAGCGUUUAAAUCUUAGUAUUUGCAACCUUUAGCUCUAUCCUUAGGCUGUUUUUUUUUUUUUUUUUUUAAUUGAAAAAAUAGCCAGAGUUGGCGUUAACAUUUGUUUUAGUUUGUGUUGUUGGUCUUUUCCCCUCUGUACAAUUGGUGAGAAAAGUUUCCUUUUGCUUCCAAUUUUUUUCUUCCCCGCAGCAUUCACCAUAAAUGUUUUUGUUAUCUGUACAAAAUCAGAACUAAAAAGUGAAAGGGAGGUAGGACUUGAAAGAAGAGUGACUGAAUCAAACAUGCAUUGCUUGCUG